AUGACUUCCACUCGCACCGCCUAUCAAGGCCCAAGCCGCAAGCUUGUCAUCGCCAUGGACCUUGGGACGACAUUCAGUGGCGUAUCGUACGCCAUUCUCGACCCGGGAAAGGUUCCCGAUAUCAAGACCGUCAACCGCUGGCCCGGGCAGGAGGCGGGAGAUAAUAAGAUACAGACCGUUGUUUACUACGACACCAACGGGAAGCUCCUCGCCGUAGGCGCAGAGCAGCCUCCUGAGCUCGACGGUGGAGACUCCGGCUCGGAGGGCGACAAUGAUUGGGACGAAGUAGAACCAUACAAAGUCGAAUGGUUCAAGUUGCUUUUGCGAGCGUCAACCUCGGCUGCCACCAACGCAGACAUCCCGCGCACGAUCUUGCCUCCGCAGAAGGACGUGGAGGCCGUCUAUGCGGACUUUUACAAGUACAUGUUCGAUCAUACCCAGCGAUACAUCAAAGAGACGCAUGCCACCGGCGCCUUACUCUGGGACUCUCUUGAAGGUGAUAUCGAGUUUAUCUUGACUCAUCCCAAUGGAUGGGAGGGUCCACAGCAGUCCGUGAUGCGUCGUGCCGCUAUCAAUGCUGGUCUUGUUCCCAAUACACCUGGUGGCCACGAUCGCAUCAAGUUCGUCUCGGAGGGAGAGGCCUCGUUCCACUUCUGCGUAUCGUCAGGCAUGCUCGAGGAAGCCAUUGAGACCGGUACGAACGUCAUGAUCAUUGAUGCCGGCGGUGGCACCGUCGACUUCAGCACCUACUCUUUCGAGAAUGCCGCACCCAUCGAGAUCGCAGAGCUGGCUGCGCCGGCAGGGAUCUAUCAAGGGUCGGCUCUCGUCAGUCAGCGUGCCCGGAACAUGCUGACAGAGAAGCUCGCGGGAAGCAAGUUUGGCGACAAGGCCUACCUGGACGCCAUGACGGUCGAAUUUGACAAGACUACGAAGAAGCGCUUCAAGGGUAGCGGCGACGCGUACGUCAGGUUCAGCUCCAUGGCGAACGACAAGGACACGAAGCUCGGCAUCCGGAACGGGCAGAUAAAGCUGUUGAAUGGUGAGAUUGCGAGCUGGUUCGACCCUGCGAUCCGCGAGAUCAUCGCGACUCUCGAAGACCAGCAGCAAUCGUCCGGUAACGAGAUACCCAUCUAUCUGCUCGUAGGAGGGUUCGCCGCGAACGAAUACUUGUUCACCAAGUUGAAGCUGUACCUGGAGGCCACUGGCUUACAUCUCUACCGCCCGGAUGCGAACACUAACAAAGCUGUCGCGGAAGGCGCCGUGUCUUUCCACAUCGACCAUUACAUCUCGGCCCGUAUCGCGAAGCUCACCUACGGCUCCCGCUGUGCCCACGUCUACGACCGCAAGAAGCCCGAUCAUGCCGAGCGCGCCAACAAGGUCUUCGUAUCGCCGGACGGCUUGGAGAUGCUCAAUGACGGCUUCCAGGCCGUCCUUCUCAAGGGUACCCAGGUCACGGAAGAGACGGAGUUCGAGAGACCCUUUCACGUUGUCUCGCGCUUCGGGGUUGAACGCAUCGAGUGCGAGGUUACAUGCUACCGCGGCGACCGCUCGCCGACGUGGACAGACGAGGAGCCGGAACUCUUCUCAACGCUGUGCACCAUCACGGCCGAUGCCACCCGCAUCCCGAAGGUCACCCAACGUGGCACGCGCGGCGACUACUGCCGUCAGGACUAUGCGAUCGUGCUGUCGUUUGGCCUCACGGAGCUUAAGGCGCAUCUCACUUGGAUGGAGAAGGGAGUCAAGCGCAUUGGCCCCGCUCAGGUCGUUUACGAUGAUGACUUCGCCGUCACCGUCCCGCAGUAG